AUGGAUGACGAUUCUGACUACGAGGAUGAUGAAUUCAACAACUUGGCAUUAUUAUUGUAUUUUCCUAGACGACAGCGAGUAUUAAAGCCACGGCCUGAUCAUUUCACUUAUUGGAGUUAUGAUGAAUUCUUUGAUAGAUUUCGAUUAUCCAAAAGUACAGUAUAUUUCUUAGUUAAUUUAAUAGGCGAACGCAUCUGUUCUACUAAUUGGAAUCAUGCUGUAAGUUCAGAGCUUAAAUUACUCCUUACACUACGCUAUUAUGCGACGGGCUCCAUCAGAGUUGGGCAAAAACAAAUCAAAAUAAUGAAUAAAAAAUAA